AUGGGUUUCGUAGCCGGCCUCACCGGCGGCGCAACCCUCACUCUCGGCCUCACCUACCUCGCCAUCGCCGCCCACGAGCGCAACCGCACGCACCAGUCCGACCUCCUGCGCGCGCAAACCCGCUUCGUCAACACGCUCGCCCGCGACACCCUGCCCACCAACCUGCGCACGCGCUACCCGGUAAACGAUGAGGACCUAGCCUACUUCCCGCCGCCACGCUCGGAGCUCGUCGAGCGCGAGCGCCACCGCUUCGUCGAGUCCGCCAAGGACAAGUGGAACAACGAGAUCGAGAACGCGGUGCGGUGGGCCCAGACGACUGACUGGUCCGUCGUCCGGGAAUCGGCCGAGGACGCUGUUGCCGGUCUGUUCGGUAUCACGAUCGAUCGCAGCGAGUAUGCGGCCGAGAAGGCGAAGGAGGCGGCUAGGAUUGCGGCGGAACGGAUGAGGUAUGCGGCCGAGGAGAGCAAGGAGACGGGCAAGAUCAUGGCUAGGGAGGCGCAUGUCAGGUCGGAGGAGAUGAGGAGGCGGGCGGCCGAGACGGCGAGGUUGUGGAGCCAGGAAGCCAAGGAAGGGAUUCAUGCGGCCGAGGGCGUGGCGCAUAGGAUUGCUGAUGAGGUGAGGCACGAUGCGGAGGUGGUCAGGGGCGUAGUUAACAGCGCGGUCGACAAGGCGGUUGAGAAGGGCCGCCAUGGCAUCGAGAAGGUGGAGGAGGCGGUGGGAUUGGGCAAGGCGGCGGUUCGUCUCGCCGAGGACAAAUUGGAGGCCGCGGCGGACCGGAAACUGUUGCACGUGUCGGAUAUCGACAGGGCGUUGCAGGAGAGGUAUACCAAGAGCGAGGACGUCAUGAAGAAGAGCGUGCGGGAGGUGCUGGCGGAGAGAUAUAUUCCCAUGGACAAGAGGGACAAUACCCGGUUACGCAGUCUUAUUUAG